UGUCUAUGCCCAAAGGGUUAUCAUGGUGAUGGCAAGAAGGUUGGUGGAGAUGGACAAGGAUGCAUUGCUAAUCCAUCAUAUUUUAUGAAGAUUUUGAUUGGGAUAGGCACGGGUAUCGGAGCCAUAGUGUUGUUUCUCCUUUGUUGGUGGUCGUGCAAAUACAUCAGAAGAAGGCGCGAGGCGAAACUCAAACAAAAAUUCUUCGUGCGAAACGGUGGAUUUCUGUUGCAACAACGCUUAUCUUCUAUUCAAGACAAUCAUGUGAAGAAAGGCAAGUUAUUCACCUCAACAGAGUUAGACAAGGCUACGGAUCAUUUUAAUGAGAAUCGAAUAUUGGGUCGAGGUGGUCAAGGAACUGUUUAUAAAGGAAUGCUGGUAGACGGAACGAUCAUUGCGGUCAAAAAGGCCAAAGUUAUUGAUGUAGAACAAGUUGAACAAUUCAUCAAUGAAGUUAUUAUUCUCUCUGAAAUCAAUCAUAGAAAUGUGGUCAAGCUAUUAGGAUUCUGUUUGGAGAGUGAAGUCCCUCUUUUGGUGUAUGAAUUUGUCCCCAAAGGAACUCUCUACCAAUAUCUUCAUGAUCCAGAUAGAGAAUUUCCUAUCUCAUGGGAAAUGCGGUUGAGAAUUGCCAAUGAAGUUGCCAAGGCUCUUUCAUAUUUGCACUCUGAUGCAGCCAUACCAAUUUAUCAUCGUGAUAUCAAGUCAUCAAAUAUACUUUUGGAUGAAAAAUAUCGAGCCAAAGUGGCAGAUUUUGGAGCUUCCAAAUUGAUUCCCAUCGACCAAACACACUUGACCACAAUGGUGCGAGGAACCUUUGGAUACUUGGACCCUGAGUACUACCAAACAAGUCAAUUUACGGACAAGAGUGAUGUCUAUAGCUUUGGGGUUGUCCUUGUCGAGCUACUAACUAGAGAAAAGCCAAUUUCUCAACUAAGGGAAGAAGAGUGCAGAAAUCUAGCCUCGUAUUUCAUCAUUUCGAUGGACGAGAACUGCUUGUUCGAUGUUCUUGAUAAAGAGGUAUUGGACCAUGGCGAUAAAAAAGAAAUUAUUGCGGUAUCCAACUUAGCGAAAAGAUGCUUAAGACUUCAUGGAAGGUACAGGCCUACAAUGAAGGAAGUGGCAAUGGAAUUGGAGCGAGUACGAUCACUACGAAAUCCCAUGGUUGUCGAGCAAAAUGAAGAAGAGAUUGAUCACAUUAGAACUAGAUCUAUCGGUGCUUCAAGUGCGAUUUCCAUGUCAAUGCGAUUGGAAGCAGAAGUGGAGUUGACUUCAAUGGAGGAGGAUCAGUCACUCUUACUGUCGAGAUGAAGAUGCAUUCGGUUGUCUCUGUCCAAGUUUCUAUGACAUGAGACAUUGCAAUCUCCUCAUUUGCCUUUAUACGUGAGUUGCAGAAUAGUAUUGAUUAUACGCAGUAGUGCCCAGAAACAAUAUACUAGAU